UUACCUUCCCUUACAGCUGCCCUAUUACAGUACCGAGUGACACUUGGCGAGGUCGUGGAGCGAGAAUAAUACAGAAAAGGUAAAUAAACGCAAAACAGCUCAAUCAGCUCACCUUCUAGCGCACUCAAAUGUGUUCGAAUGCGCAUUAGCACAACAGCACUGCAGCUUUGUUUAGGCGUUUUUUUCCGUCCGCGUUUCAGCCGUCCUACAGCCAUGCCGAUCAAUACCCGCGAGCUGCUCGAUGCCGUGGCCACGCUGACGGACAAGGAGUCGAUGCGCGUGACGCUCAAGAGCAGCGCCAAGGGCGCGACCGUGGCCGGCUCGACCACCUUUCUCGGCGGGCUGCUGGCCGGCCCGGUCGGUCUGUUCGUGGGCGGUGCGGUCGGCGGGCUGGUCGCGUACGCCAUGACCAACAAUCAGUUCAAACCGGUCAGCGAGAUCAUCCGGCAUGACCUGUCGGUGCAGGAGCAGGAGCGGCUCAAGCAGCGGAUCGUGUCCGCGCUGUCCGAAUUCCACGCGACCGAUCUGGUGAUGGUGCUGUCCCUGCUGACGGCUAACGGGGCCGCCCAGAAGGCGGUCCUAGCGACGGUCGUCACCUUUCUAACGAACGAGAUGCGCAUGCAAAUCAUCGACUGACCCCCUGUGUGGCGCACACGCUGCUUACCUAAGUCACACACUCUCUGAUAUGGUGCGGUUAGUGGGUAGCUUAGAUUAAUCGGUAGGGAAAUGACGAACCUCUGGUGUGCCUUUUUCUAUGUUAAUUAUUUAUUAAGAUAUAAAGCUUGUGAUGGGAUUUGGUAACAAACAAAAAAAGAAAAUAGUUAAGCAUAUAAAGUAGCGUGGGAGCGCAAAAUAAAUUUAAAAUUAUUCGGCUAGAAGCAA